GUUUCCUCUCCAGGUCUUCAGAGUUUUUAGAAACUCCUCAUUCGCAUAAGCUGCUUCUGUCAUCGUAUGGACAGAGUUUUUCUGGGGGAAAUGGUUAGUGAUAACUGUUAGUGUCGGGUCUCUGGGGACUGAUUUCACAGGAAAGCUGGAAGAGCGGGGUCGCUGCUGCUUCUCUUGGCCUCUUUCUUGUAUGUUUGGUGUCAGGCCACAGAGACUCCAGGAAGAGAUGUCAGGAGAAAGUGUGGUGAGCUCAGCGGUGCCAGCAGCUGCUACCCGCACCACUUCCUUCAAGGGCACAAGCCCCAGCUCCAAGUACGUGAAGCUGAACGUGGGCGGAGCCCUCUACUACACCACCAUGCAGACGCUGACCAAGCAGGACACGAUGCUGAAGGCCAUGUUCAGCGGGCGCAUGGAAGUGCUCACCGACAGUGAAGGCUGGAUCCUCAUUGACCGGUGUGGGAAGCACUUUGGUACGAUACUCAACUACCUUCGUGAUGGGGCGGUCCCCUUGCCCGAGAGCCGCCGGGAGAUCGAGGAGCUGCUGGCAGAAGCCAAGUACUACCUGGUCCAGGGCCUGGUGGAAGAGUGCCAGGCAGCCCUACAAAACAAAGAUACUUAUGAGCCUUUCUGCAAAGUUCCUGUCAUCACCUCAUCCAAGGAGGAACAGAAACUUAUAGCGACUUCAAAUAAGCCAGCCGUGAAGUUGCUCUACAACAGAAGUAACAACAAAUACUCUUACACCAGCAAUUCUGACGACAAUAUGUUGAAAAACAUUGAACUGUUUGAUAAGCUGUCUCUGCGCUUUAACGGAAGGGUCCUGUUCAUAAAGGAUGUCAUUGGGGACGAAAUCUGCUGCUGGUCCUUUUACGGCCAGGGCCGCAAGAUUGCUGAAGUCUGUUGUACCUCCAUCGUGUAUGCCACUGAGAAGAAACAGACCAAGGUGGAGUUCCCUGAAGCCCGGAUUUAUGAGGAAACCCUGAAUAUUUUGCUGUAUGAGGCCCAAGAUGGCCGAGGACCUGACAAUGCCCUCCUGGAGGCCACGGGUGGGGCAGCCGGGCGCUCCCACCACCUGGACGAGGAUGAGGAGCGGGAACGGGAGCGGAUCGAGCGCGUGCGGCGGAUCCACAUCAAGCGCCCAGACGACCGGGCCCACCUCCACCAGUGAGCAGGCAGGCGGACCCGAGCUGCCCACCCUCCCCCUCCUCCUCCCUGCUGUACACUCAGAUCGUGUUCAGGCUUCCGGGCACCUUCCACUUCCCCCGGAGUCUGGAGAUACUUUUGUAACAAGCCAGAUUAUUAUUUUGAUAUUUCUCAACAAGGUGAUUGAUUGUCUUGACCCAGGUGAACGCACCCCUAUUGUUGAACAUGUCCAAGGUCUCUACUUUCCGUGAGAAUCCUUGGAGCCAGGCUUUCCUGGUUCUCAGAGGAAAAGUAUGAAUGGAUAUGAAGUGUACGUGAGAACUUUGAUUUGCAAUAUUUAUUUUUGUGGGUGUUGACUACCUAUUUGAGCUUCUUGGGUGGCAUUCCCUUUGGGGUUCAUUUCGACAGCUCCAAGAGGGAUGCUGCAGUUGGUGGCCACCAGAGGUGUCUGCGAGCUCCCUAUUUCAUAUCCCUCCAGCCCAGUACACGGCUCCCGCUUCCUGUACACCAGACGGGGCACGGUCCCCACAGCUUGCCAGAAGUCUAUUCUGCAACAGGAUUUUGCACCUAUAGCUUAUUGGUAAAUAAUUGCAGCUUGUAGCAGUGGAGAUGGGACCUGCUGAGCUUCGUGCCUUCAGUUGUUCCUAGCGUAGCUCUGGAUGCCUAGCUCUGUUUAAGGGGCCUUGGCGGCCCUGUGGUCUGGUGCCUGUUGGGACCUCACAUGUCUGGCCAAGGGCGGAGCUGUCCCAGGCAGCAAGUUCUCAGCUCUGUUCAGGGCCCCUUCCCUGACUCCUGCCCCUUCCCCUGCCCUCCUUGCUGUCCCACUCCAUUCCAGGGAGGCCAUCUGGCCUGGUAAGAGGCGUAACUCACAACCCGCUGCUCCGUGGGAUCCAUUCCUUCCUCCUCAGCCUCCUUCCCUGUUAAGCUGGGCUUGCUGCCGCAGGUGGAUGCCCUGCCCUUUGCUCAGAACUUAAAUGUGGCCCCAGAUUCUCUGUCCUAAACCUGACAUCCAGGCAGGAACACCCCUCACACCAGCAGCCCCAGGGCAGCUUGCCUGUCUCAGGGCAGCCCUCACCUGGAGUCUUUGCCCUUCACAUCUUUGCCUCUGGUUUUUACACAGUACGGAGUGGCCGUCAGCGAGCAGAGAGAGGAUGUGCAGGUCCUCUUGGGUCUGGUUAGUGUCUGUGUUCGUUUGUUAAAGGGACGUGUGUGACUGUUGACGGGGAUGUGUGCUUGUGGGGCACAGGUGGCCCGCACUGGAGCGCGGCUGUCUGCACGCCGCUUGUGUAGGAUGGAUGUGCUCGGUUACCUACCUCCCAGUCUCCUCUGCGCCUGGAAGGGACAGAAGUGCGUUGUGACUGAUAUGGUGGUUGAGACUAGACUAGGUAGAGUAGUUACAAGGAGAUGCGAAUGUGUGGAAGGUAAUGGAUGGGUUUUGUCUGUUGUUUUCAAGGGAAAUGUUACCGUUUUAUACCAAAGGUAUUCAUGUGGGCAGCCUUUGACACAGUGUAUUUCAAAAAAGGAGUUUAUAUUUUGAAAUGGUUUUUACAGCUUGGACUUUGUACGUACUGCCCUACUUGUGACAGUGUCUGCCUUUCUUUUGUAUCCAGCAGCAAAGCCCACAAUAAAAUGUUAAAACAAUCAAGGCGGAACCUAAAAAUCAUGUAUGGGGUAGCUGCUUUUUAAACUGUCAUGUGGGAAACUUUCACGUUAGGCCGUUUGGAUUUUGUUAAGUGCUAAGCAAAGGGGGGGCUUGAAAAUAAUGUCUCGUAAAUAUUUUAUAUUGUUUAAGUUGUAAACACCAACCCUGCCAUUUGGGUUGAACUUUGUUAGAAAGUUAAAGUGAAUGUCAGUUCUGAUGUUUUCUGUAGGAAUGGAAAAGCCAUCAUAUAAAUACUGUUUUUUAAAUGUUUACGUGAAAAGUAAGUUUGUGGAACGAUUUGUUUGGGCUUCUACACUUUAUGACCUAAUGUUUCUGGCAGUUUCUCUACUUUCACUUUUCCUCCAACUUUGCAUUUGUAGUUUUGAGUCUUAGCUUCCCUGGGAUAUGAACAGAUUCAUAAGACAUUCCAUGGUGAAUACGACUGUUACUGCAAAUAGCCAUGAGCUGACAGGGUGGUGGCUGGGCCAAGCUCUGUUAGCCAAUAUAUUCUACAAAGAACUGAUUUUUCUUAUGCUAGCACUAAGGGCAAAUGAAAGUCAAUAUUUAUAUUUCAGAACCAUCCAAGUAAAACACUGGCCUAAGAUUUGGUAAAGCGUUAAGUUUAUUAUAUCAGAAUAGCUUAGAAUUUUUAAAAAAGUGGAACAGCUUUUGGUCCCUUGGAAUUGAGUUCAUUUUUUUUCAAAUCAGUCGUCGGAUUUUGGUGCCUGGGGGCCUGUGCCUGAGGCAGUUCCUGGCACAGCCUCUUCCGGCGCCUUGUGCGGUGGAUCAGCGGGUUCAUCGCUGUGCAGGCACCCCCGCCCUCUGGUUAGGAGUGUUCACCUGUACCUGACAGCAGCUUUCAGACAGAAGCGUGACCAACACUCAGCCCUCCCUCUGGCAGGCGUGCCGUCUUUAGGGCUCGCCCGAGUCACCGUAGCACAGCUCUGUGUCCCUAACCUUUCUGUCUCUCUGUGCUAUGAAAAAAAUGCUACAAGUUUUAGAAGUAGUCACUGUCUGUUGUACCAGCGUUUGUGGACAAAUGUAAAAUAAAGGUUAUGUAAUCCUUU